GGCGCGGGGCCGUUACGUGCGCGGGGAGCGCGGGGCUGCGCUCGCGUGCGUUCCUGGGCGCUCGCCGCCACGCCUUUGAGUCAGCAAAGUCGGCGCCCGCCGUCCGCCCCCGGCCUGCGCUGCUCCAGGACAGCGGGUUGAUUGUGUUCUGUGCUGAAGAUGUUUCCGGAACAGCAGAAAGAGGAGUUCGUGAGCGUCUGGGUCCGCGACCCCAGGAUCCAGAAGGAGGACUUCUGGCACUCCUACAUUGACUAUGAGAUCUGCAUUCACACCAACAGCAUGUGUUUCACGAUGAAGACGUCGUGCGUGCGCAGGAGGUACCGGGAGUUCGUGUGGCUCAGGCAGAGGCUGCAGAGCAACGCGCUGCUCGUACAAGUGCCGGAACUUCCAUCUAAAAACCUGUUCUUCAACAUGAACAAUCGGCAGCACGUGGAUCAGCGUCGCCAAGGGCUGGAGGACUUCCUCCGAAAAGUCCUGCAGAACGCGCUGCUGCUGUCCGACAGCAGCCUGCACCUCUUCCUGCAGAGCCACCUGGCCGCCGCCGACAUCGACGCCUGCGUGUCGGGGCAGACCAAGUACUCCGUGGAGGAGGCCAUCCACAAGUUCGCACUCAUGAACCGACGGUUCCCGGAGGAGGACGAGGAAGGGAAAAAGGACCAGGACGCAGACUACGACUCGGAGAGUUCAUCCUCUGGGCUGGGACACAGCAGCGAUGACAGCAGCUCACACGGAUGUAAAGUCAGUCCAGAUCCCCAGGAGUCCUGAGCACACGGCCACGCUCCUGUCCGAGGGGCAGAGGAGGCGGCUUGCUGGGUCCGCUCUUACCCAAAGCUCACCGUCGCGACCCUAGGUCUUUAAAUCCUUAACGACGUGGCCGGGUUGUGUCUUAGCGGUACGCGUUUUUAUGUUGUCUCAUUCCAGCCAAGCUUUCUGUGUCAAGCUACAAGCCUGUGAAUGUCGAAUUAUCCUUUCCGGCCAAGCCUCACCUGGUAAACAGGAUGCUGUCCAGAAACGCAAUGAGUUCUGUGUUUGAAACAACCCAGUGGGUUUCCCUGAAUUUUAACACGGGUAAAGCAGAGACAGGGGCUGCUCCCUACAGCCGAAGGGCAGGGCUGAUGUCACCAGGGUGAUCAGCGGCUGCGAGGACCCCAGGGCCCUGUGAGACGCAGGCUGUGCCCAUGGGGAGGCCCCCUGCCCAGCUCAGCACUUUGCUUGUGGGCAUUUGAGAGAAAUAGUCACGAGUAUUUAACCCUUCCAGUACCCUGUUUCCCUCUUAGAUGGAAAAUGUAUCAUAUGAAUAGAGACAUAUUACAAUAAUGUUUACAUGGUAGAGAAACAACCAGAAACAGUGCUAGUAAUUGUUCUUCCCUGUGCAGGCUGCACUUUCAGAGUCCAUUCUCAUUGUCCCCAAUCAGCUUAAAUAAAUGGUGUCUGAAACAAA